AUGUCUAGACACAGCAAGCGCUCAACCCGCAAGGUCGGCUUCCUUGACGCCCUAGGCCAAUGGACAAUGGGCCCCUCUCUCAAGCGCAGCUCCCGCUGCCGUCGUCACCCACGCAGCACAACAGCAACCCGCGAAGCCCGCCUCGCAAACGCCCCGAAGGAUCUUAACCUCACAGCCCGUCAAUGGCGCCAGUACGCCGAUGUUCCUCCGGAGCCACAAGAUGAGUGCGACUGCAGUGACUGCGGUGAGGACCAUUCUGACGAUGAGCAGACACCGCUUAUGAGUGGUGAGCCCGUGCAGAGGAUCUGCUCCAAGUGGUCGCACUCUGAAGGGUCAGCGUUCACGCGUAAGCCGGAGCCUGUUCAUAGAGAUUCGGGGCUGAAUAGGAUUCUGGGAAGGGUUGAGGCUGAGAUGGCGGAGGAGCAGAGGCUUAGACAUCGGGUGAGUUAUGACGCUGGUAAUGACGCGCUGUUUGCAAACAUUCCUCGUCGGGAUCAGAGGACUCAAGGUGAAUUCAUCGUGCACCGUCAUCGUCUCGGCGACGGAGAGGAUUUUCUUGCAGUUGAUACCUUUGGACACGGUGAUUCAGGCCAUCGCGAGGCAGAUGUUCAGUCCGUACGCUCAUCGCAGUUCUUUGAGAACCCUCGUGAAGCACCCGCCGUUCCUCCAGAUGCCUGGACUCCAUCGGUUCAGCAUGUCCCCGAGAGUGCAAAGACUAGGAUUCAGUCUUGGAGGGAUUGCGUUGAUGAUGGGCCGGAGCCGGAGCCGGAGCCUUCGGUGUUUGGGGGCAGUAAUGCUCCGACAGUUUGGCCGGGGAGUGGAGAGACGAUUGUGCCGGAUGAUAGCCUCACGGAGGUUGUUGUGCGGAAUAGUCGGGGGUCUUCGAAGAAGGAGUCGAAGGGUCGUGGAAGUAGACGGCAUUCGAAGAGGAAGUGA